UCAUGGCAGAAGCAUUUUGUUUGGGGUGGUUGAAGUUCAAAUUCUAUUCUUAUAUAUUUCUUUAUUAAUAAAUAUAACUUAAUAAAAAUACUUAAAUUGAAAAUAUAAAGGGGCAUUUUUGUACUUCUAAAUUUGUCUUCCGAUCUACGCUGGGGAUCCAUGUCCUGAAAAGAAGACGAAUUCAAAUUUCAGUCAGAAGCAUUCUUCGGCAACUCUUCUCUCUCUUCUCUCUCUCGAAUACGCUCGUACUGCUCUCAUUCUACUCAUAGUUAUAGACGGUUUGAAGAAUCAAAUUCCGAAACGAUGUACGAUCCUCAGCAUUUCGUAGAUUUGCAAGGAAAUUCCAAUUUCUUGGACCCCAAAUCAUGGCUCUCUGGCGACGAUAACUCUUCCCCGACUCUCCGACGUGCUCAGUCCCAACUCUCCGCCCACACUUCCACCUCUGCUUCCACCACUGCAGCAGCCGGCAAUGUCGAUCGCGUCCUCUAUGACAAUCUAGUUGAGAUGGUGCCUCUCGUCGAGUCCCUCAUCGAUCGGAAAGCCAGCAGUUCAUUUACGCGGCGCGGGUCCAUUAUCUACACAAAGACGCCUUCCAGAGAAUCUUUAUACAAAAGAACAAUUGAUCUGAAAGGAAGGUAUCCAUCUCAGUCUUUACCACCAAAAAAGAAAAAGGAACAUAGGGACAAGGACCAAAGCAAGAAUGCAAGUAAUAAUCAAGUUGCUGAUGGCUUCUCAAUUUUUUCCUCGAGGGAUUUGGCUGCAGAGAAGGACUUAGAAGAGCUAGUUAGAUUGAGGGAACAAAUUGAGGAUCUGCAAAGGAAGUUAUUGGAGAAAGAUGAACUUCUGAAAUCAGCUGAAAUUUCAAAGAACCAGAUGAAUGUUGUUUAUACAACACUUGAUGAACUGAAACACGAGGCCGCAGAGAAGGAUUCCAUAAUUAAGUCUACUCAACUACAACUUUCUGAUGCGAAGAUCAAGCUUGCGGACAAACAAGCUGCCCUGGAGAAGAUACAGUGGGAAGCAAUGACAUCCAAUAGGAAAGCGGAGAAGCUCCAGGAAGACCUAGAUUCUCUCCAGGGAGGCAUUUCAUCAUUCACAAUGUUAUUUGAAGGCUUGGCUAAUAAUGAUUCCACAGUAUAUGCUGAAGAUUAUGACGUCAAACCACGUUAUUUAGAUUAUCUUCCUGAUAUUGAUGAUAUUGAUCACAAGGAGAUGCAAAAAAUGGAAGAAGCAAGACGAGCUUAUGUUAUUGCUGUCACUGCUGCAAAGGAAAAGCAAGAUGAAGAGUCUAUUGCUGCCGCAGCUAGUGCAAGACUACGUCUUCAGUCUAUUGUUUUUAAAUCCAACAGUAUGAAUGCUGGUAAGGAUUUUAACAAUGGCCAGGUUUCACAAGCUUCUUAAUUCUUGUGGAGCAUUUGUACCCGUGGUCCAGCACGCAUGUGAUUAACAGGCUAAAUACUUUUAACCCUCUUUCGCCUCUUUUUCUUCUGCUGUUAUUAUAAAUUUUUUUUUCUCGUUUAAUGGGUUGGUUUAUUUUGUUUUUGAUAAUCAUAUGUAUCUAAUCCACUCAAGAUCUCCCUUAUCAUAUUAUUUGUACAUGGUUUGUUUCCAUGGAAGGCGAAUGUCGCUAAUCUAUAUAGCACUUGGUAUUACUUUGUUUCAA